AUGCAGCUUCAUCCUCUUCAUUUUGGCCGCAAUCUCCGUGAAAAUCUCGUGGCCAAGCUCAUGAAAGAUGUUGAAGGCACUUGUAGUGGUCAACAUGGGUUUGUGGUUGCAAUUACGGGCAUAGAAAACAUUGGGAAGGGGCUGAUUUGUGAUGGGACAGGGUUUGUCACAUUCGCUAUGAAGUACCAGUGUGUUGUUUUCAGACCAUUCAAAGGAGAGAUCUUAGAAGCUGUUGUUACUAUGGUGAACAAGAUGGGAUUUUUUGCUGAGGCUGGUCCUGUUCAAAUCUUUGUUUCAAACCAUUUGAUACCGGAUGAUAUGGAGUUCCAAUCUGGAGAUAUGCCAAAUUAUACAACAUCAGAUGGAUCAGUUAAGAUUCAGAAAGAUAGCGAAGUUCGGUUAAAGAUAAUUGGAACCCGAGUAGAUGCUACUGAAAUUUUCUGCAUUGGUACAAUAAAGGAUGAUUUCUUGGGUGUGAUAAACGAUCCUGCGACUGCUUAG